AGGACUUAUUGGGGAUUCCCAAAAACCUAAUUAAAGUGCCUUACAACAAUUUUUUCCCCGACUUUCUACUGGUAUACGGUACAUAUAUAAAAAAUAUCAAGAAAUGAAUUCAGCAAACACAAAAUCCAAAAUCCCUGAGGAAAAUUUCAACAGCUUGGAAACGGAUUGUCCCUUCCAAGUGCAAAGCGCAAUUCGCGAAGACUCUGGAUUUUUCUCGGAAUCAUUUAAAGAAAGUUUCAGUCCUGAAAAAGGAGACAAAAGAGGUUCACUGAAGGACAUAGCAGAGCUGGAGGAAAACAUGGAAUGUGUUGAUAUUAACGACGAUAGAGGCGCUCAGGAAAUGAUGAAGUCUGAGGAAAGCAAGCGCUCUGCAGAACUGGUUAUGUCUGUCUUAGAACAGGAUAAAGACGGCGAUACCCAACUCCAUAUGGCAAUUAUUCAGGAAAUGGACGACAUUGCAAUGAUUAUGAUCUAUUUAAUUUCUAACAUUGACCCAGAAUUGUUGGAUACUCCUAACUUGUUGUUGCAGACACCGUUACACUUAGCAGUUAUUAUAAGAUCUAGAGAGCUGGUUGAACAUCUUCUCCAGUCUGGAGCCGAUCCAGGGUCACGUGAUCUCCAAGGAAAUACACCAUUACAUAUCGCUUGUCAUUAUGGGUAUGAUGAUCUAGUUUCUAGUUUCCUUAGAUGUUCUAAGGACAGAAAAAAUAAAUUCAAUUUGAUAAAAGGAAUAAAUGACAGAAACUACGAUGGUCAAACAUGUCUUCAUCUUUCAACAUUCCAUACGGGUCUUCCUGUUAUCAAACUUUUAACGACGUUUGGAGCAGACGUUAACGCACGUGACGGAAAAAGCGGGAAAACAAUAUUACAUUAUGCUGCAGAUAAUGGAAAUACAAUUUUACUGGAUUUCAUUUUACAGUUACCAGAUGUUGACGUAAAUUGUCGGACAUAUGCUGGUCAGACUCCCUUAGCACUGGCAAGAGGAAGGGGGUAUCAGGACAUUUUAUCAGCUCUGAGGAAAUAUGGCGGGAAAGAAUAUGACAAUUUUGAGGACACUUGACGAUCUUUAUUGAAGAGGUUACUGAAAUGAAAAUAUGCAUAAUUAUGAUGAUUUUUGUUUUGUUUGACUGUUAAUCAUUUAUAAUUUAUUAAUCCUCUCAAAUACACUUGAAUGUUAGUCAUGAUAUAAUGCAUGCAUCACACUACAAUGUAAUGCCCUCUUUGUCUAUGCAACAUGUAGUUCAUUCUUUUUUAUGCUGAGUCAGCAAUUACAUUGUACUUGUAUUAUUAAUGCAAAACAGUGAGAUCAAAUUAAAUGUCUCCUUUAAAAACAUUUACGUAUUUUUGUUAAACCUGAAUGAUGACAAAGUUGAAAUUUUUAUACUGUAUGCUAAUCGUUUCCUACUUGUCUUUGAAAGUGCCAUUUGAUUCUCUGUGGAUAUUAUAACCAAGAUGUUUAAAAAUAAAAGUAUAAAAUGA